GGGAGGGGGAGAAGGAGGCCUGUGUGGAGAUUGCGCCUCGGUGCCUUGACCUCCUGGGACCCUCAGGAAAAACCCAGCAUCCUGGCCCCGCGGCCAGCCCCUUCCCCCAGGCUCUCUCCGCUCGAUUUCGCCACCGUUAUGUGGGAAGCGAAUCCGGAGAUGUUCCACAAAGCAGAAGAGCUCUUUUCCAAAACAGUCGACAGCGAGGUGGAUGAGAUGGACACGUCAGACACCCAGUGGGGCUGGUUCUACCUGGCGGAGUGUGGGAAGUGGCACAUGUUCCAGCCGGAUACCAACAUUCAGUGUUCAGUUAGCAGUGAAGAUAUCGAAAAAAGCUUCAAAACAAACCCUUGUGGCUCCAUUUCUUUUACUACUUCCAAAUUCAGCUACAGGAUAGACUUUGCAGAAAUGAAGCAGACGAAUCUCACCUCUGGAAAACAGCGUCUAAUAAAAAGAGCUCCCUUUUCCAUCAGUGCUUUCAGUUACAUCUGUGAGAACGAGGCCAUCCCCAUGCCCGCGCACUGGGAGAACGUGAACACCGAGGUCCCCUACCAGCUUAUUCCUUUGCACAACCAAACGCAUGAGUAUAAGGAGGUUGCUGGUCUCUUUGGGAGAACGAUGGAUCGCAACAGAAUUAAAAGAAUCCAGAGAAUUCAAAACCUAGACCUGUGGGAGUUCUUUUGCAGGAAAAAGGCUCAGCUCAAGAAAAAAAGAGGCGUGCCUCAGAUUAACGAGCAAAUGCUGUUUCACGGCACCAGCAGCGAGUUUGUGGAAGCGAUUUGCAUUCAUAACUUUGACUGGAGGAUAAACGGUAUUCAUGGUGCUCUCUUUGGAAAAGGAACAUAUUUUGCCAGAGAUGCUGCUUACUCCAGUCGCUUCUGCAAAGAUGACAUAAAGCACGGAAACACGUUCCAGAUUCACGGUGUCAGCCUGCAGCAGCGGCACCUGUGUCGAACCUCCAAAUCCAUGUUCCUGGCGCGCGUGCUCAUCGGAGACUACAUAAACGGAGACUCCAAGUACAUGCGCCCUCCUUCCAAAGACGGGAGCUACGUGAACUUGUACGACAGCUGUGUGGACGACACCUGGAACCCAAGGAUCUUCGUGGUGUUCGACGCCAACCAGAUCUACCCUGAGUACUUAAUAGACUUUCAUUGAUCUCACUUCCAAGUUUCAGUGGUCACAGACAUUCUGUUCUUUUUCCGCAGGGGGAUUUGAUCUCCAGCUACUAACAUGUUAAUUAGCUGAUGCUUCUGAAGCAGAUAAGGAAAAAAAAUGGCCUCCCUAUAAAAAGACACGCUGACGUCGUGGCUGGUUUUUUGUCUUUCUGGUUUUGUCCAUUAUGAGUCGUGUUUGUUCCUUGUGUUUGUUAGCGACAGACACCGACGGGGAAGACAGCCCUCGAAACUGAAUCAGCCGAGUCACUCAGAGUCUUGGAAGUUUACGGGUGUGUUUUCAGGGUCAAUGUUUUCAGUCCAGAUAGACUUACUCCUAUACGUGUCCAAAAACUAAAAAUACAGACAUGAACGCUCCCCUUCAGAGGAACCGACCCUUUGUAAAUUGAAUUCUGAAAUUGUCCAUCCAUCAGCAUGUUGCUUUGUUGGUCUUCUGAAGGGGGCGUUUAAAACCUCAAAGCAGCCUGACACCUGAAGAAAUCAGCAACGAGAGCCUGGUUUGCAGGGCUGCCAGACAAGGCAGAAGGAUGAAGCCGAGACCGGGUGCCCUGCUCCGGCUGCCUCGGAUGGCGGGCGGGCGCGCAUCAGACUGCCUCACUCUCACCAUGCACUCCUGUCUCCCAGCCUCACUGACACCCGCGACAGCCCGGAAUCGGCCUGCACAUCACCCACCAGAGCUCCUGAAUUCUCGCCUAAGACUGACUGCACGAGUGUUUACUGCAACUUCCAAGUGAAACUUUUAUUUAUUAUUUAAAACAUUCUCCCUUUGUUUCAGGUCCCUACAAUGAUUGUCAGACAUUGUAAUCUGCUCUCCCCCCCAUAGCUAUUCAGCAAUGAGUUGUAAAAUUCACACUUCUACAUUUUAUCUCACUUGAUGAUUUUUUUUUUAAUGAAGGGACUGAGGAUUGAACCCAGGACCUUGUGCAUGCUAAGCACGCACUCUGCCAUUGAGCUACACCCUCCCCACCAUCUCCCCACUUUGAAUCACUGCAGCAAGCAUGGGAUGCUUGGAACAAAUCUGGUUUAUUCUUUUGAGUAGCAAUUGACGAUCUGCUAACUCUUGAAAAGUUAGGUACAGUUCAUCAAUCGUGCUUAGUGGAAGUUUGUUUCCCCGUUCUGUCUGUGUUGCUGUUCUAUUUUAAGGAGGAAUAAGUAAUGUCGGAACAGCUUCCUGCCCCUGAAAGUAUUCCAGCAGAGGCUGGACAACAGCUUGGCAGAGAUGUUGCACAGGAGUCCAGGUGUCAGUGGAGGAAUUGGCCACAGGAUUGUUAAGAGCUUUUCCAACCUCGAUUUUCUAUGAUUCUACCUGAAAAAAAAAAAAGAAGAAAAGAACACUAUCUUUUCUGGAAAA